AUGCUCACGCGUCUCCUAGACACCGUCACGGCCUUCCGCCAGCAACACCCCGCGUCCUUCCACCUGUUCACGGCCGCAGUUGUCUACGCAUCGGUCGCCUGGGCGGUUCUCGAGUUCUUCAAGCCGAUAGGCAAGCGAAGGGCGAAGAAUAGUACGAAACAGAGGCUACCUCCGGGCCCCCCCGGAGCGCCCCUCUUUGGCUAUUUGCUCGAUCUAAAGAAGGCGGAUGGCCCUUCGCUGAGAUCAAAGCUCCGAAACCUAGCAGCGUACGGCGAGAUAACAACGCUACACCUCGGGGGUAGCCAGACGAACACGCGGUCCCCCAUGCCGGUGUCGAGCGGCCUCGUCAGCCGGGACCGGCGCUCGCUGCUGCUCCCGGCUGACGAGUGGACGGAGCGGCGGCGGGUGAUGCACGGGCUCCUGAACGGCACGGCGCUGAGGCAGUACGGCGCCUGGCAGGAGCAGGAGAGCGCGCAGAUGAUGGCCGAGUACGUCCUGCGGCCCGACAGGUGGUACAGGCACCACUACCGCUACGCCAACUCGGUCGUGGUCCGGAUCGCGCUGGGCGAGCGGCCGCACAAGUCCAGGAGGGAGCUGGAGGAGAUGCAGAACGCCGUGGCCUUCUUCGUCGGCAGCAUCGGGCGCAGCAUCGUCGACUGGUUCCCGGACCUGGCGCGUCUGCCGCGCCGCCUCCAGGUCUGGCGGCCGUACUGGGCGGCGCUCGGCCGCUGGAACCACGACCUCUACAGCAAGUGGGACAGGUUGCGCGACGGCACGGCGCCGCCCUCCUUUGUGCGGGACCACCUCAUGCACCCGGACACGCGGUUCAGGGGCGACGACGACGACCUCAUGUACAUCGCCAUGCAGCUGAUCGAGGCCGGCAGCGACACCACGCGCGAGGCCCUCAACAUCAUGGCCAUGGCGGCGCUGGAGCGCCCCGAGGCCUUUGCCGCGGCCCGCGCCGAGGUCGACCGCCUCUGCGGCGCCGGCCGCGACGCCAGGCCGCCCGUCCUCGCCGACAUGGCAUCGCUGCCCUACGUCUGCGCCACGGCCAAGGAGGUCCUCCGCCGGCACCCCAUCUUCCCGCUCACGCCUGACCACGACAUCGAGUUCGAAGGCUACUACUUCCCCGCCGGCACGGGCUUCACCAUCAACGGCGUCGCCUGCAACGACCCGCGCGUCUUCCGGCCCGAGCGAUGGCUGGACGGCCACGAGACCGACAUCGCCCACGGCCUGUGGCAGUUUGGCGGCGGCCGCCGCAUCUGCGUCGCGCAGCGCAGCCUGUUCAUCAACAUCGCCCGCCUGGCGCAACCGCUCGAAUUCGGUCGAGUGGUGGCUCUCGUGGCCGUCGAGGAUCAAUAA